AUGAAGACCUUAGAUCAACAACGGUAUAUGCCACAAAACUUAGCGAAGAACCGGGAUACGUGGUGUACUCCGCGUUGGGCUCUUUCUACAUUCCCUCUUGCAUCAUGGUAUUUGUGUACAUACGAAUUUACUACGCAGCAAAAGCUCGAGCCCGCAGGGGGAUCCGUAAGCCACCCCGAAAACAACCUCAGGAUGCCGUCACCAGCUUUUCUAACAGCCCAGGGUUUCCUAAAAAAUGGCACAACUGAGAGAAGCGAAGGUUCCGCCGGUGGAUCCAUAGUUGAUAGAAAUAGCAAUAACUCUCCACGCGAUGCCGAAAGUCAAAUCGCUACCAUCGAAGCCCAUCCUAGACCUAUGACCAUACCAACAGUGACUUGUGAUUUAGCGUCUGAUAUUUCCACAAGCGAUAACGCGGAAAACGCAACAGAUGGUCAGGAGCAAAAAGAUACGUUCAAGGAUAAGCAAGUCAAACAAAAAGCUCAAAGGCACAUAUUCCCUACGUGCGUUCUAACACCAGGUUGUCAAGUAGUGCGCAACCCCUUAGCGCAAUGUCAAUUUAGCGGGUCGACGCUGUCAGUUAACGGCGAGUUGCAGCAGCAGGCCGCGGCGCUUGCGCGAAGUCGACAGCCAUCGAUGGGUAUCGACACCGAUAUGGUGAGCGAGUUUGAUCCGAGUAGUUCCGAUUCGGGCGUGGUGGCGCAGUGCGCAGCUAUUAAACCUCUAAAGCUUAGAUUGUGCAAUCCGAUCUUUGGGAGAAACAAACAUCCCACGACACGAAGCAGGAAUGAAGAGAAGCCUCCCAAAUCGCCGACUAGUGAACAAGUAUUAGUAGAGUACGUAGUACCGCGAGUGAAUAAACCUAAGGACCCCGAGCGGGAAAAAAGGCGUUUGGCGAGGCAAAAAGAAAAGAGAGCAACUCUUAUUUUAGGACUAAUUAUGGGUUCUUUUAUAGCAUGUUGGCUGCCGUUCUUCUUUAUGUAUAUACUAAGGUUGGCCUACGAUAUUCCUCAACUGUUUUUUUCUACGGCCUUUUGGUUAGGUAAUAUGUAA